AACGCGGAGCAGGAAAUGAGCUUUAGAAUCAUCAGAGAACAUUUUAUUGCAGACAAUGUGGAUCAAUUGAUGAUGUUCAUCACAGGGAUUGGAGGAUCAGGUAAAAGUCAUGUCAUCCGUGCCACAGUUAAGUUAUUCAAGAGAUGUGGAGCUCCAGAAAAAUUGACACUUAGUGCACUGACAGGGAGUGCAGCGGUUCUCAUUAAUGGGUAUACCAUACAUGCUCUCACUUGUUUGCCAAAG